AUGAUCGCUUUCAGAACAGCCGCCAUCCUCCUCUUCCUAACAUACUCCAGCGCCAGACCUUCCGAGGAAUGGGAGCCAGAAGGUCACUCGCACACUGAACACACGAAGCCCUACCAUGUGACCGUGGUCAAGAAAAUCGGAGUCCCAGUACCUCAUCCUAUAGCUGUAUCUGUUCCACAAUACGUGAAGGUGCCUAUACCUCAGCCCUACCCGGUUCAUGUCACUGUGGAGCAACCGAUACAUGUACCAGUAUACAAGGUCGUACCUCAAAUAGUUGAGAAGCCGGUGCCCUAUACAGUAGAAAAGCCAGUUCCCUAUGAAGUCGAGAAGCCCUACCCCGUUGAGGUUGAGAAGAAAGUUGAGGUGCCAAUCCCUAAGCCCUAUCCAGUCCAUGUUCCAGUUUACAAACACAUCUACCACCACAAAGGCCACAAGCACUAA